AUGGGUCUCAUGUACGCAGCUUUGUUCGCUUGUAUCGCCACUGCUAGUACCUGGCAGGCGCAAAUGACCAUAAGGAAUCCGGAAAACAACCCGUUACUUAACGAACCUAGCCUUGGACCUCUCCAAAGCGCCUGGAAGGCCAUUAAUAAAUCAAACGAUGACCCAUUCGUCCUAAUGUUUCGUUCAAGAAAUCACGAACCAAAUAUCACUUGUGUCGUAGUAACAGCCAGUCUUCACAAUGAGACAUUGAAAAUUGUCAAUUUUACGAGAACAUAUUAUAACAAGACUGAAGGAAAAAACGACACAUUAGAGUACCAAGUGAGAGCCUUGAAUCAAACCGAUUACAAGCUAGAAAAUGUUAUACGUGCAGGCUUGAAAGGCACUCCAAGUAAUAAACCAACCCCUCUGGGAAGCAACAUGUAUAUCGAGUAUGGUGAUUACUCAUGCAACACCUCAAGCAAACCGUUAACGGAUAUGUUGAAGGCCGCAAAAGAUGCUGUAGGAAGUGAAGCUGGAUCUGCUGAACCAGUCGAAGGUGUAAAUUACCUUGACUUCUACGUGGUGCACAACCAGCCACAUUGCAAUAUCUUGAGGUCUCCCCUUCUCAAAGGAGGAUGCGACUUUUGGCUGAGGAAAUCAGAGUUGCCAGGGGCGCUGGAACGCGCAGAAAGUUUUACAAAAAGCAUUCCACCAAAAGUAGAAGACAGGCAGGCUGAGGAAAAUCCAGAAACUGCAGCAGGAAGAGAAGACAUUACGAACGAAAAAACGCCUAAGUUUGCAGAAGCCCUAUUUAGAAGCCUUCCCACCGCUUGCCGCUAUGCCUUCAUAUCCGCCUGUGGAUAUCCAAACGAUAUGAUGUACGACAAGAACAUAUGCAAAAAUACCCAAACAGAAGAGACUUCUUCGAUUUCUGAAUCGUGAUGCCUAUUCGUGUCCCAAUUGUUGGAGGGCGCUGUCGUAUGCGUCCAAAAACUACGGGGGAAAAUAUGCCGUUGCCUCUACUGUCUGGUGUGUGUUC